AUAAAAAUGACUGAAUUGUACGAGGUAGAGCACCAACGGACAGGAGAAAGCCCUAUCCAAUCCCUAGAUCAACACCAACCCGCAGAUCCUCCAACACCUCCCACCGAAGACCACCUUCACAACACAGAUCCCUCACUAACCUUCCAACAUCCACUGUCGUCCACCGCCAGUAAGGACGAGUCCACCAAGGAUAGCCACGAACCGAAGAGUGUUGAAGACUCAAUUGAGCCCAAAUUCUUUCACAGUUCUUAACCCAGAUGACAGUACCCAAAUCACAGUGAUGAUCAGGGACUGAAACGGCGGCGAUUCGGCCACCGCAAAGGACGGCGUUGAUGGGUUUUCUGAUGAGCUCAGUUUGUUGAGCAACGGAAGACGCGUCUGAUACGUUGGAGAUUGCGCGUGGUUACGCGUUAGUUCUACGCGCAGAGUUAUUCUUGACAGAGCGUGGCACGUCAGCAGCACUUGAAUCAGAAGACGAUACUUGAAACAAAACAGCUUAUUGGAGAUUGUCGAGCUCUUCUAUCAACCAUGAUUUACACAGCGAUCGACACAUUUUAUCUGACAGACGAGCAAAUUAAAAUUUCACCUUCUAGGAAAGAUGGCGUAGAUGAAGCAACAGAAAUUACACUUAGAAUCUAUGGCUGUGAUCUCAUCCAAGAAAGUGGCAUCUUACUUAGACUACCUCAAGCAGUAAUGGCCACCGGGCAGGUUCUGUUUCAUCGCUUCUACGGCAAGAAGUCAUUUGCUCGUUUUAACGUCAAGAGAGUUGCUGCUAGUUGUGUUUGGCUUGCAUCAAAACUUGAGGAAAGCCCUAGAAAAGCAAGGCAGGUCCUCAUUGUUUUCCAUCGAAUGGAAUGCAGGAGGGAGAACUUACCCAUUGAGCAUUUGGACCCAUUUUCUAAGAAAUAUGCAGAGUUGAAGAUGGAUUUGAACAGAACAGAGAGGCAUCUUUUGAAAGAGAUGGGUUUCAUAUGCCAUGUGGAACAUCCUCAUAAAUUUAUAUCGAACUACCUUGCUACCCUUGAAACACCCCCCGAGUUGAGACAAGAAGCUUGGAAUCUUGCAAAUGAUAGUUUGCGUACGACUUUAUGUGUGCGAUUCAAGAGUGAGGUCGUUGCCUGUGGGGUUGUGUAUGCUGCUGCACGUAGAUUCCAUGUACCCCUUCCUGAGAAUCCUCCAUGGUGGAAGGCAUUUGAUGCAGAGAAAUCUGGGAUCGAUGAAGUUUGUAGAGUUCUCGCACACCUAUACAGCCUUCCAAAGGCAGAAUAUAUACCAGUAUGUAAAGACGGGGGUUCAUUUACAAUAUCUAAUAGAUCAUGGGAUUCACCGUCACCAUCAGUUCCAAAGGAACGUUCUGGUGGCCCUCCAGCAAAUAAUGAUACCAAUACUCCCAACGCAGCUUUCGCAGCAGUUAAUUUGGAAUCCGGCGGGUCCAAGUGUGCACUGAUAAAAGUAGCUCUUGACAAAUUGAAAGAAUCAAAGAAGAGUGAUGAUGAGUCCAAAAGCAUGCCUAAUGAGGGAGAGUCAAGAGAGACUGUGCCGAAAUCAAAGACCGAGCAUAGAACACAGGCAAGUGGGGAAAGGGCAAAAGAGAGAGAUUGGGAUAGGGAAAGGGAAAGAGAAAAGGAGAGAGUAAUAGCUCGGGACCGCGAUAGGGGGAGGGACUCUGACAGGGAACGAGAGCAAAAGGAAACCGGAAGGGACAGAGAUAAAGUCAAGGACAGGAGUCACCGUUCAAAGGACAAAGGAAGUGAUUCAGGGGGGUACCCGGAGAAAUCAAAACAUCAUUCAUCUCGUGAUCGUGACCACCACAGCUCCUCUUACUCUUCAAGGGAGAAGGACCGCCACAGAUACCAUUCUUAUGCUUAAACUGGGUGUAACAUUUUACCAUGUCUAAGUUUAAGCUGCUCAAAAUACUCAAGUUGCAUGUGUAGUCUGCUUUUGGCAAUCAAUUCGAGUGUCUGAGUUUAAAUUUGCAA